UGAAGUUGAUGAGGCAAAAAAAAAUGGGAACAAUAGCGGUAUAAAAGGCCCAGCAGCCAGGCUGUUGAAGAGACCGCACUACAGCACUCUCACUCAAUAACUCAUUCCAAACACACAUUCGCUACCUUCCCAAGUAACAACAAUCAACUAUUCUCACCAUGUUUUCCAAAAUUGCCUCAUUCGCCCUUCUCACCGCCGCCAGCGUCUCAGCAGCAGCCGUCCCUAGCACCACGCCAUGGACCUGGCAAGUCACCGACUUCAGCAGCGUCUGCACCGCCGCAACGUGCCGAUACUCCUUCAACGUGUCCGCUCCCGUCGGUCCAUCCGGUCAGCCAGCUUUUGAUGCCGAGUUCUGCUCCGGCACCAGUGUCCAGGGUGGAUUCAAGUCCUGUGGCGUAGUCGGCGUCGAUGUCCCUGGCGAUGUGCAGACGCAGGAAUUCAACCAGGGACGCGAUAUCGGGGCUAUUAUCAGUGUCAAGUACUCUUUUAAGCAGGGUGAUGCUACGUACACGUACACGGGUAACAACUCUGUUGCUCACACUGGCUUGGGCCCCGCUGUUGAUUUUACGAUUAUUCCUACUGAGGUUACUGCUGUGGCUUAAGCGUGUUGGAGAGGUUGGUGGUGGCGUUGCAUGCAUUCGCCUUGCUAGAACUUUGUAUCUUGGGGGGAUUGCUCGAAACUUCGCACUAAUAUUGUAUCUAUCUACAUUUCUCCUCUUUAUACAAUAGAUUGCCGUUAAUCAUAUCUCUACUA